AUGGAACGUGGUAAGAGACAGCGCUUGUCUGGGUCACAAUACAAGAAAAUUAGGCUUCAACGUGAAGCAAAUUCUGCCAAGCAGAAGAAUGCUUUGUUGCACUUUUUGAGCAGGUCAUCAAGCGAAAAAGCACUGGCACCUAUAGUAGCUUCAACUACAAACCAAAAUGAAGUUGAAAUUGAAAUCGAAAGCGGUGGAGAAAUAGAAUAUGCGGAUAGUGUUAGUGUUAAUGAAUAUAGAAAUUCUGGAAAUGAUGAUACUGCUAAAGAACCAGAAAAUAACGUCGAUGAUAUAGGACAAAAUGAAAACAAUGAAGAUCAAAGUGGUGAAGACCCCAAAACCAAUAAAGAUUUGCCUCUUAAUUUUAAUGAUCCGGCAAAAUGGCCUAUAAUAGAUGGUAAAUUUAAAGCAUUGCUGAUGAAGUAUGGUCCAAUUCAAAAAUUGCCGUCUUUAUUUCCCGAAGACGAACAAGGGGCUACAAUUGAUCACAUUAAUCAGAAAAUAAUUCAAUCUGAAACUCAACAUUGGCGACAAGUUCUUGCAAGAAUAAUAACGUUAAUUAGAACUCUUGCUGGACAAAAUCUAGCAUUAAGAGGAACAUGUGAAAAGCUUUUCGAACCGAAUAACGGAAAUUUUCUUAAAUUUAUUGAAUUCUUAGGAAAUUAUGAUCCUAUUAUGAGUAAACAUAUUCAACGAAUAACAACAAGUGAAAUUCACACCACCUAUCUCGGAAAAACUAUUCAAAAUGAAAUCGUUGAAUCGCUUGCUAAUAAAAUCAAAAAUGACAUCUUAGCAAAACUAGAGCGAGCAAAGUACUACUCACUUAUUUUAGACUGUACCCCCGAUAUAAGCCACAUGGAGCAGAUGGCAGUUGUUUUUAGGUUUGUCAUUGCAACUGAAUCAUCUUCGGAAAAACCAGCUGAAGUCGUAGUUUCUGAACACUUCGUAACUUUUCAAGAAUUACAAGACACAACGGGAGCAAAUAUGACAAAAGUUGUUAUCGAUAAGUUGCAGGAAUUAGGCGUAAAUCUUGAUGACAUGAGGGGACAAGGGUACGAUAAUGGAGCCAACAUGCGCGGAAAAUAUAAUGGUGUGCAAGCCAGAAUUCGUCAACUAAAUCCUCGAGCUUUUUUCGUUCCUUGUAGUGCCCACUCGCUCAACUUGGUAUUGAACGAUGCAGCUAAUUGUUGUAUGGAGGCUGUCGCAUUCUUUGAUUUAAUUCAAGGCAUUUAUAACUUUUUCUCAGCAUCAACUCACCGUUGGAGUAUAUUAUUAAACCACCUAAGCGAUCUGACUAUAAAACCGUUAAGUGCCACUCGUUGGGAAAGCAGGGUCGGUGCCGUACGGGCACUUCGAUUUCAGAUUAGUGGAGUUUACGAUGCACUAAUUGAAAUCGCAGAAGACAAUACAUUAACUACUGCACCACAAGUCAAGAGUCGCGCAGAGGCUAAGGGAAUAGCCAGAAAUAUUUCAAAUUUCAAAUUUGUUUGCUCCUUGGUAUUGUGGUAUGACAUUUUAUUCCAAAUUAAUAUUGUCAGCAAAAUGCUCCAAUCACAGGCUUUAGACUUGUCGCUUGCUCUAGAGCAUUUAAACGCUACCAAAUCUUUUCUAUGCGAUUAUCGCUGUGAUGAAGAAUUUGCCGCAAUGGUUGAAAAUACAAAAAAAUUGGCAGUUGAACUAGAAAUUUUUGAAGGAUUUGAUGUGGAUGAUCGCGUACGCAGAAAGAGUAGACAAUUCCUAUACGAAGGUCGUGAUGAACCGAUAGUAUCACCAGAACAAAACUUCAGAGUAUCUUUUUUCAAUCGAAUAUUGGACAUCGCAAUUCAAGCAAUAAAUGAAAGAUUUACGCAAUUAUCGGAAUAUAACGAGUUAUUUGGGUUUCUUUACAAUAUCGGCAGCAAACCCUUAACGGAUGAUGAAUUAUUGAAACACUGUAAGGACUUGCAUUUAGCGCUUAUGUCUGAUGGCCAAUCUGAUAUCAACGGGGUCGAACUUUGGUAUGAAAUUAAAGCUAUUGGGAGACGACUUGAUACUUCCAAUAGCGAUCCAAAAAGUGUAUUAAAAUGUAUUUACACAUCUAAUGUUGUCGAAGUAUUCCCAAACCUUUCGAUAGCUUUUCGCAUACUACUAACGUUACCAGUCACAGUUGCUAGUGCUGAAGGAAGCUUUUCAAAGCUGAAAAUAAUAAAAUCCUAUUUGAGAUCACAAAUGUGUCAAGAUCGUUUAGUUGGUCUAGCUACGAUUUCCAUCGAGAAAGAAAUUGCUGAUCAUUUGGACAUAGAAGAUUUGGUUAAAGAUUUCGCAGAAUUAAAAGCUAGGAAAAUUCACUUUUAA